AUGGGGGGCCCCUCUUUCGGGUGGAGUGCAGGGCAAAAGGGGAAGAGCGUUUUGCUGCAGGACGGAGGCCCUAUGAGCAGCAGUUCAGCAGCCUUUACUUCACUAGGCUGCAGCAGCAGAGGCCCCAUCUGCAGCAAAAAGGAGUGCGUGGUGGUGGGGGUUUUGUUCAAAGAGAUGCCAAUGAGACCUUCCGUGUUGAAAGAAUAUAUCAACACCCUUGAGAUACAGACGGCCUCGCAAACGACGGAAGAGCGCGAGCCCAGACUCUUUUUGGAAGACAUGACUGCCCGCAUAGCUCUUGUUCCUGCUGCUGCUGCUGCAGCAGCAGCAGCAACGGAAGCAGCAGCAGCAGCAGCAGCAGCAGAAAGAACAGCCUUCUCAACUGUUUCAGGAAGCCUCUGCAUAUCAGGGACCCUUGACAUUAACCGAUGCGUAACGGGAAUGGUGGUCGCCGUAAAAGGGUACUCUUUAGGCACGGGGGCCUUCAGCGUAAACCAAAUCUGCGUUGCGGGGGCCCCCUCACCAGGGGCCCCUCUGGGGGCCCCCCAGGGGGUCCCCGAGGGGGGCCCCCAGGGGGGCCCCCAGGGGCCCCCCCAGGGGGAACCCCAGGGGGGCCCCCUGACAGGAGGGCCCCCAGGGGCCCCCAAAGCGGUGGAAGGUGUAGAGUUUGAUGCUGAAGACAAAUAUGUUUUGUUUGUUUCGGGGUUUAGGGCUUAG